CCCCCGCGGCGGCGCGGCUGCAUCAGCGCUGACGUGAGGCCGACGUGCGGCUCCGCCCGGCCCAAUCCCCCCCUCCCACCCCCUGUGACGGGGGCAGCACGUACAGGGCGGCGGUGCAGGGUUUGGUAGGAGAGAAAGGGAGCCGAAGAGAACCAAGCUCUUGUUUUAAAACACACACCUUCCGUUAUGACUAAAUGUGCCAAGAAAUAUGGAAAAGCAACUGCCAGACGGAUGACCAUGGAAAUGGUUGAAUCGCAAUCGGAUGACAAUGCAGUGGAUUUUGUGCCCAACAGAGAUGCUGGUCACCUUCAGAAUCAGCCAGGCCGAAGCCAGGUUUCCCCAGAAUCUGAGGUUUCUGUAGCUGCAUCAAGUGCUGGAAGAGGAUCUCCAGCUGUAACUCUAGUGCAGUUGCCUUCUGGUCAAACUGUUCAUGUCCAGGGUGUCAUUCAAGCCACACAGCCCUCAGUCAUUCAGUCACCACACAUGCAAGCUAUUCAGGUAGCAUCGAUUGCAGAUGAAUCUGCAGAAUCAGAAGGGAUAAUUGAUUCUCAAAAACGUAGGGAAAUACUUUCAAGAAGGCCUUCAUACCGAAAAAUUUUGAAUGAACUCUCAUCAGAUGCUCCUGCAGUACCGAAGAUUGAAGAAGAAGAAAAGUCAGAUGAUGAAGGAGCGCCUUCUGGAAUUUCUGCGAUGGCCAUGCCAACCAGCCUGUAUCAUACUAACACAGGGCAAUACAUUACUAUAACUCAAGGUGGUACAAUCCAGAUUUCUAAUCCAUCCUCUGAUGGUGUCCACGGACUACAGACAUUAACAAUGACAAAUUCAGGAGCUCCUCAGCCAGGUGCUACCAUCGUGCAAUAUGCGGGACAAUCACCUGAUGGCACACAACAGUUUUUUGUUCCUGGAAGCCAAGUUGUUGUUCAAGCUGCCACUGGAGACAUGCCAGCUUACCAGAUUCGAACUCCCAGUACUACCUUACCUCAGGGAGUGGUAAUGGCAGCUUCACCGGGAACUUUGCAUAGCCCUCAGCAACUGGCAGAAGAGGCAACACGCAAGAGAGAGCUGAGACUUAUGAAAAAUAGGGAAGCUGCUAAAGAAUGUCGACGUCGGAAGAAAGAAUACAUAAAAUGUCUGGAGAGUCGUGUUGCAGUGCUAGAAGUUCAGAACAAGAAACUUAUAGAGGAGCUUGAAACCCUAAAAGACAUUUGCUCUUCCAAAACAGAUUAGUAAAAAUAUUUAUACUGUGAACUGACUAAAAUAUGUCCAGUUGCUUUAUAAGGCAAUACAUAGCCAACGUGAAUUAUGGCUUUCUCUUUGUGUCAUUUAUAUUAUAUUCCAACUUCUAACAUUCCUGAAAUGCUUUCCUUCUUUUCAUCAAUUCAUAGCUCUAAUUUCAGGUUUUUCAUGCUCCUCCCCUCCAUCUCCCAAGGAGCCAAAUGUUAAAAAAAUGUAACAAAGUAAAAAAGCGCAUAAUUUCUAAGAGCUGUUUCUUUGCCAUAUAUUUACAUACUACUUUUUACAUGUUACUGAGUGUCCUGCACAUACAAAAUAUUUUACAAUUGUUUUAGAUUAUUCAUAAAGAUAAUGCAUCCGGUAAUACAAGAACAUCAAACAACCCAAGGUAUCUCAGGAAAGAGUUUAUAAAAGAAUGUUAUGAUUACAUAUAUGUACUAGUGUACUAGUCUACAGAUGAUUUUAUGGCAUAUUUUUAUAUUAGUUGCUUUGUGGAAAAAAAGGAUUGUAUUGCUGUCACUGAGUGCCAUGGUAAAAGAUAGUUUUUAAUAGAACCAUGUUGUUUAACCUGUGUAGUGUCUGAUUUCCUUUAAACGUGGUUAUUUGAGAUGCUUUAAAACCCAUGAGUAUCUGGAAGAGGACAAAGACAAAAAGCAUACCUAAACUCGUGACAUGACGCUAAGUAUAUUGUAAAUACCUGAAAGAAGUUGUCUGUAUAUGGCUGCUAUUUCCUUAAAUUUUCUACAUUCUGUAGGAUAUUUGGUUUAUUAGAGGUCUAUAUAUCAAAAAUCAAUUUUGCAUCCUGAAUACUUCCUGUUCUGGCUUCUGGGUAGUUGCUUAUAGUGAUGGCUGAUGGUGUAGUUCUUUUCGCGCUUUCUGCAAAGUACUGAGAGGAAGUAAAGGUGACUUAAAGAGAGAAGCUUUCCAAUAAAGAGCAGCUAUCUCCUGAUUCACAGGGUUCUGGAAUAGCCUAUAGGUGAGAGCUGAAGAUUUUUUUAAAAUAAACCCAUGCUUAAACCAGA